UGAAUGGGUUAUUUAUGCAUGUCAGCUCACCUUCGAGGAACAAUUUUAGGGUACGGCUCAGGCGGGCUCGGGGCUAAACGCUGCAGUGCAGGGAAACCCAUUUACCGGGUUCUAGGCUUUGUUCCUGUUCUAAUUGACGUCAUUAAUUUAGAAGCACGAAAACAGGCAAUGCUAGCACGGUAGCCAGCACAAAUUUCCAAGUUGGAUGGGCACAGCCCCAUUUCUGGCAAUUUCUUGACGUACAGCUGUGGCUUGGAUGCGAUUUGGACGGAGUUAAGUGCAAUUACGGGCCCGACAGGAACCCGUGAGACGACGGGUGCUGGCGCAACGAAUCAGCCCUUUAUCAGUACUUAUGACGAAAGACGUGUGAGCUGAAGUCAUCGCAAGCGCUUUAUUCUUUUAUAUUGAUCGUUGCCACUACCCUACGCUCAGCACAUUUCGCUCAAAUUUCAAACGACAGCCAUGAAACUCUCGUACUGGGUCUUUCCCAUCAUCUCCGGCCUUGUAUGGUUUGGCACGCUGCUAGGGCUACUCAUACACUGGGUAGUUGACACGAAGAGAACGAAAUAUGCUUCCAUGCAAGGGAACCAAUCAAUCGCUUACAUAUCCGAUGUUGGCGCGCAAAAGCUGAAGCCAUUGUUUGUUGUUGGCUGCGUUAUUACAACUGUGUUCCUCGACCUUUCCUUUGGAUUCGAUCGAUGGCUACGACAUAAAGGCCGCCUGGUACCAAACACCACCAGAGGCGAGAAGAUUCUGUCAGUGCUCGUCAUUGUUUUUGCCGCUAUCGGAACCAUUGGGUUGUGUUUCCUGUCUGGGUUCGACACAGCGAGACACCCGAUGUUGCACAACGUUUUUCUCCUGUUAUUCAUUGUCGGAUAUCUGGGGUCUGCCAUUUUCAUCUGCUGGGAAUACCAGCGUCUCGGUAUAAAACACCGAGAGCAUCGAGUCUUGAGGAUCAGCUUCUGGAUUAAACUCGUGUUUGUAGUAGUCGAGUUACUGCUCGCCAUCGCUUUCAUCGCCACCAAUUUCCUUAAGAUGUACAAUACUGCGGCCAUACUUGAGUGGACGAUAGCAUUUGUCUUCUCGUUUUACGUCUUUUCAUUCUACGUCGACCUAUAUCCCGCUGUCGCGACGCGGCAUGAGAAUAAAAUCAUGACUCCAUAUCGGAUGGAAGAGGCGCCACUGCACAAAAGGGGGCAUUAAAGCUUUUAGGAGGCACAACGUUUGCGCUGUUUAUGAAUAGUCGAGGGUGUCAAUGGAUCCAUUUUGAACCAUUGUGGGCUAGCUCCGGGUUGUGCUCAGGGGCGGUCGUCGUGCGAGGACGAAUAUACGACAGACAUCAGGAGCUGCGCUCAUUUGAUGCGGUGGAUUGCGAUUGCAUGGCUGGCGUUCGGGGUUCAUAUGGACAUGGAAACAACUUAAUACUCUGCUUGUAGACUGGCCAUUCUCAUUGAUGUUCUUGAAGCAAACGAUUAUGCCAUACGAUAAUUCUACGUGUAAAGCAUAACUCACAGCCAACUUAACAUGACUGCGUCGCUUGACAACCACGACCACCUACUAUACUACUCAAUCUACUCAAUC